AUGGUUUACUUUCUGACAGUCUUAACAGAUGAUGAGUUCAAUGUUUCAUAUAUAAGUCUUGAUGGGCAUGUAGAAUUACACAAAUUCAAAUACCUUUAUUUUGUGAUCAUGUUGACAGUGUAUAUUUUAAUCAUCUGCUGUAAUUCCACCAUUGUGUGUCUGAUCGUGAUUCAUAAAAACCUCCAUGAGCCGAUGUACAUUUUCAUUGCAGCGCUGUCACUGAACUCUGUUCUGUUCAGCACUGUUAUCUACCCAAAGCUUUUGAUUGACUUUUUAUCUGAGAAACAGAUGAUUUCUUUUCAAGCCUGUCUCUUUCAGUGGUUUAUAUAUUACUCUCUGGCCACUUCAGAGUUCUUACUGCUGGCAGCCAUGGCCUAUGACAGGUAUGUGUCUAUAUGUAACCCUCUGCAAUAUCCAACUAUCAUGAGAAAAACCACCAUCAGAGUCUUUCUGGUUUCAGCUUGGCUUGUUCCUGCUUGUGAGUUUGCAGUGGCAGUUGUAUUGUACGCUAAUAUAAAACUCUGUCACUUUAGUUUGAAGGGACUGUUCUGUAACUCUACAAUUUACACACUUCCGUGUGUUCGCUCAGUAGCAGUGUCCAUUUACGCUGUGUUUGUAAUGCUAAUCAGUGCUCUUUUCCCUGUGCUCUUCAUACUUUUUACAUACACCAGGAUACUUAUCAUAUCCUACAGAAGCUGUAAAAAAGUCCGUAGAAAAGCUGCACAGACCUGUUUACCUCACCUGCUGGUUUUAAUCAGCUUUUCCUGCUUCAUGACUUAUGACCUCAUUGUAGUUCGACUGGAAUCAGAUUUUCCAAAACUUGCCCGUUUAAUAAUGACUUUACAAAUGAUCCUGUAUCAUCCUCUCUUUAAUCCAAUCAUAUACGGACUGAAACUGAAAGAAAUCUCCAAACACCUCAAGAGCUUGUUGUUUCAUGUCAACUCACACUGA